AUGCAGGCGAACAUUCGACGUGGCUACAGAGCCCCGAGCCGACGACCUAUACAAUUUUCUUUGCAUGUUGAACAACCUUCUGCGACCGGCUCAGGGAAAAAUCGACUACAAGGCACGGAUAGCCCCCAACCGCGCCUUCUAUCAGGGGAUGUGUUUGGCCCGAGGCAGAGGCCUAAAAAGCCGAUCCAACCCCGCCAAACUAAGUCCAGUCACAGCGGAAUCUUCCGUCGUCUCUGGUCAUGCUUACCAGUCAAGAACAGUCAACGUGAUAAACUGCGACAAAGGCGUACUGCGGAGAUCAUAGCACGCAGUCGGCUACGAGAGAGUCGAUUUUACUUUGGCGACAAGAGUACAGAGACCGAAGUCAAGUCUUUUGAUACGAAAGCCUGUCAAACCCUGGACUGGUAUGGACAGCCCUUCGACCGUCUGGCAGUUGGUUACACAAAUGUGAAUUCCUGUCAGCCGCAUAGGUUUAACAACCUGGACGAUGGGAACGCGAGACGAGCGAUGACCGAGAAUCCGAAGAUCGCGGUGGAAGAGGCUAGUGCGGGGAUUGGCGCACAAAGGUCGUUUUAUCGAAAUGUCAGAGCAGCGCAGCCCUCACUGCACUAUGACUAUAACGAUGUCUUUGCUGAUGAGGAUGGUUACGCUGAGGAUGAAUGCGUGGAAGGAGGUGAAGGCUAUUUUAUACAGACCCCGGCGCUGGCAGACGGGCGCCUCUACAGGAAUGCAGAUGCUCGUGGUCAGGGCUAUGAAAAUGUUGAUGAAGAUGAAGAAGGAGAGGAGGAAGAAGCGAGAGGAGAUGAAGAGGUUCAGCGUUCGGAUUUCCGUCGACUUUAUUCGCCACGUGAGUUCCAGGAUUACUUCUCAUAUGACGACCCUGCAGAAAGAUCAAACUACCUGAGGACUAGGGUCCUGAACGAAAAAAUGUUUCGUUACGACAGCUGGGGGACGCCGGCCACACAGGCGACUGUUCGUCCCGUAAACGCCGGAUUGGGACGAAGGUUUUUAACUACUGAUAAUUGUCCCCUGCCUCCGACACAGCUGUCGCCCUUCGUGUCCGACAGACAGAAGCCUAUACCUCUGACUCCAACGAAUGCAAGCUAUUGCAGCAGAGGAAAUUUGCAUUUCCCAACGGUGCAACCUAGGAACUAUCGCCAGGCUUAUGUGCCUGCAAGAAGGCUUCCCGUGCCAUCCGAGCGGUUUAAUGGAAGAUGCCUUCUCUCGCAUCGGGGGGCCUGGUAA